AUGAUGCAACUCCUGCGACUUCUGCUGGGGCUUUGGGGGCCAGGUGGCUACUUGUUCCUUUCAGGGGAUUGUCAGGAGGUGGCCACUCUGACAGUGAAAUACCAAGUGUCAGAGGAAGUGCCGUCUGGCACGGUGAUAGGGAAGCUGUCCCAGGACCUGGGCUGGGAGGAGAGGCGUGCGCAUGCAGGGGCUGCCUUCCAGGUCCUGCAGCUGCCUCAGACGCUUCCCAUUCAGGUGGACUCUGAGGAUGGCUUGCUCAGCUCAGGGAGGCGGCUGGAUCGAGAGCAGCUAUGCCCACAACGGGAUCCCUGCUUGGUUUCCUUUGAUGUGCUUGCCGCAGGGGAUUUGGCUCUGAUUCAUGUGGAGAUUCAAGUGCUGGACAUCAAUGACCACCAGCCUCAGUUUCCCAAAGGCAAGCAGGAGCUAGAAAUCUCUGAGAGUGCCUCUCUGCGCACCCGGAUCCCCCUGGAUAGAGCUCUUGACCCAGACACCGGCCCUAACACCCUGCACUCCUACACCCUGUCUGCCAGUGAGCACUUUGCACUAGAUGUCAUUGUGGGGCCUGAUGAGACCAAACACGCAGAACUCGUGGUGGUGAAGGAGCUGGACCGAGAAAUCCACUCAUUUUUUGACCUGGUAUUAACUGCCUAUGAUGGCGGGAGCCCCCCCAAAUCAGGCACCAGCCUGGUCAAAGUUAACGUCCUGGACUCUAACGACAAUAGCCCUGUGUUUGCUGAGAGUUCACUGGCACUAGAAAUCCAAGAAGACACUGCCCCUGGUACUCUCCUCAUAAACCUGACUGCCUCAGACCCUGACCAAGGCCCCAAUGGGGAGGUAGAGUUCUUCCUCAGUAAGCAUGUGCCUCCAGAGGUGCUGGACACCUUCAGUAUUGAUGCCAAGACAGGCCAAGUCAUUCUGCGUCAACCCCUAGACUAUGAGAAGAAUCCUGCCUAUGAGGUGGAUGUCCAGGCAAGAGACCUGGGUCCCAAUCCCAUCCCUGCCCAUUGCAAAGUUCUCAUCAAAGUUCUGGAUGUCAAUGACAAUGCCCCAAGCAUCCACAUCACAUGGGCCUCCCAGCCAUCAUCGGUGUCAGAAGAUCUUCCUAAGGACAGUUUUGUUGCUCUUGUCAUGGCAGAUGACUUGGACUCAGGAAACAAUGGUCGGGUCCACUGUUGGCUAAGCCAAGAGUUAGGCCACUUCAGGCUGAAAAGGACUAAUGGCAACACAUACAUGCUGCUAACCAAUGCCACAUUGGACAGAGAGCAGUGGCCCAAAUAUACCCUCACUCUGUUAGCCCAAGACCAAGGACUCCAGCCCUUAUCUGCCAUGAAACAGCUCAGCAUUCAGAUCAGCGAUGCCAAUGACAAUGCACCCAUGUUUGAGAAAAGCAGGUACGAGGUCUCCACUCGGGAAAACAACCUACCCUUUCUUCAUCUCUUAACCAUCAAAGCUCAUGAUGCAGACUUGGGCAUUAAUGGAAAAUUCUCAUACCGCAUCCAGGACUCCCCAAUAUCUCACUUAGUAGCUAUUGACUCAGACACGGGAGAGGUCACUGCUCAGAGAUCACUGGACUAUGAAGAGAUGUCCAGCUUUGAGUUCCGGGUGAUUGCUGAGGACAGGGGGCAACCCCAGCUUGCAUCCAGUGUUUCUGUGUGGGUCAUCCUCCUGGAUGCCAAUGAUAAUGCCCCAGAGGUGACUCAGCCUGUGCUCAGCAAUGGAAGAGCCAGCCUCUCAGUGCUUGUGAACGCCUCCACAGGCCACCUUCUGGUGCCCAUUGAGACUCCCAAUGGCUUGGGUCCAGCAGGUACCAACACACCACCACUGGCCACACACAGCUCUCAGCCAUUCCUUUUGGUGACCAUUGUGGCAAGAGAUGCAGACUCGGGGGCAAAUGGAGAACUCCUCUACAGCAUUCGGAGUGGAAAUGAAGCUCGUCUUUUCAUCCUCAGCCCCCACCUGGGUCAGCUAUUUAUCAACAUCACUAAUGCCAGCAGCCUCAUUGGGAGUCAGUGGGAACUGGAGAUAGUGAUAGAGGACCGGGGCAGACCCUCCUUGCAGACCUGGGCCCUGUUGAGGGUCCUGUUCGUCACCAGCGUGGACCACCUGAGGGACUCGUCCCGUGAGCCUGGGGCCCUGAGCACAUCAAUGCUAACAGUGAUUUGCCUGGCUGUACUGCUGGCCAUCUUUGGGUUGAUCUGGACUCUGUUCGUGUCCAUCUGCCGGACAGAGAAGAAGGACAACAGGGCCUACAACUGUCGGGAGGCUGAAUCCACCUACCGCCACCAGCCCAAGAGGCCCCAGAAACACAUUCAGAAGGCAGACAUCCACCUCGUACCUGUGCUCAGGGUCCAGGCAGAUGAGCCUAGAGAUGUAGGGCAGUCCCACAAGGAUGCAGGCACGGAAGCAAUCAUGGAAGAAGGCUGGGACCCCUGCCUGCAGGCCCCCUUUCACCUGACCCCCACCCUAUACAGGACCCUGCGUAACCAAGGCAACCAGGGAGCUCUGGCAGAGAACCGAGAGGUGCUGCAGGAUACCGUCAACCUUCUUUUCAACCAUCCCAGGCAAAGGAAUGCCUCCCGGGAGAACCUCAACCUUCUUGAGCCCCAGCUUGCCAUGGGCCAGCCACGCUCGAGACCUCUGAAGGUGGCAAGCAGCCCCAUAGGGAAGCUGGCUAGAGACCAGGUCAGUGAGGAGGCCCCACUGAUCCCACCAGACUCCUCUGCAACCCUGAGGCGGCAGCGGAAUCUGAAUGGCAAAGUGUCCCCUGAGAAAGAAUCAGGCCCCUGUCAGAUCCUGCGAAGCCUAGUCCGGCUAUCUGUGGCUGCCUUCGCAGAGCGAAACCCCGUGGAGGAGCUCACUGUGGAUUCUCCUCCUGUUCAGCAAAUCUCCCAGCUGCUGUCCUUGCUGCAUCAGGGCCAAUUCCAGCCCAAACCAAACCACCGGGGAAACAAGUACUUGGCCAAGCCCGGUGGCAGCAGGAGUGCAGUCUCAGACAUAGACAGCCCAGGUGCCAGGGCUGGUGGCCAGGCAGAGCCAGAACAGGAGGAAGGGCCAUUGGACCCUGAGGAGGACCUCUCUGUGAAGCGGCUGCUAGAAGAAGAGCUGUCGAGUCUGCUGGACCCCCACACAGGUCUGGCCCUAGACCGGCUGAGCACCCCCGACCCGGCCUGGAUGGCGAGGCUGUCCUUGCCCCUCACCACCAACUACCGGGACAAUGUGAUCUCCCCAGACGCUGCAGCCUCGGAGGAGCCGAGGACCUUCCAGACAUUUGGCAAGGCAGUGGGGCCUGAGCUGAGUCCAACAGGCACACGGCUGGCUAGCACCUUCGUCUCGGAGAUGAGCUCGCUGUUGGAGAUGCUGCUGGAGCAGCGCUCCAGCGUGCCCGUGGAGGCUGCCUCUGAGGUCUUGCGGCGGCUGUCCGUCUGUGGGAGGACCCUCAGUCUAGACCUGGCCACCAGCGGGGUGUCGGGCGCAGAAGUGCAGGGGGUCCCAGGUAGAAAGAAGGAGACUGAGGGCAGGAGUGACAGCAGCAACAGCAGGUGCCUGUAAAUGCACCCUGGAGGCCUGUGGAUCCAAGAACCUAAGGCCCUGGGAGAUGCUAUGGAGCCCAGGC